AUGGAUCGCGUCGACCAAGCCUACGCCAAAACCCUCACCAUUCACCACUAUCAACCGGAUAAGACACCAUGGCGGAGACUGGGACAAUACCUCUACCGCAUCAUGGAAGACGGCUCCCACACACAAUACCGUCUUGCAGCGAUUGAAAGUCUCCUUCCCCCACGCAGCGAGGGUCCCGUGUUCCAUUUCCAUGAGAUGCAUGAUGAGGGGUUUUACAAAGGAACCGUCCGCUUCCACAGCCCCGGCCGCCCCUCCGUCGACGCCAGAGCCGGGGACCUGAUUAUCGUCCCCAUUCGACUCCCUCAUCGAUUCAGUAAUCCGUUUGAUGAGGAAGCCGUCUUUAUGAAUACCGCGACUCCGGGGUUCUUUGUGAGGUAUUUUGAGUACUUGGAGAUGUUGAUUGGGGAGGGGACGGUCCUUACGCCGGAGAUUAAUAAGGCGGCGUUGAGGAGGUUUGCGACUGUGCCGGUUGCGAGGGAGGAGGUGGAGAGGAUGGAAAGGGAGGGGGUACAGUGGGGGGAUCUGGGGAUUGAUGGGGAGAGGGAGGGGGAGGAGACGGAGGGGGAGAAGUAUGUGGAUUUGGUGGAGGAGGAGAGGAGGGGGGGUGAGAUGGAGUAA